UCCCGCACUCUCACGGAGGCAGUGGCAGCGACGGGGAGCUCGGCAUGAGAGCAAACUCCACAUUCGUGCUGUAAAAGGAGCCACACGUGAAGUGAACAUCAUGUGUGGGGGCAUGUAUGAACUUUGCAGCAGCUGACUAAACCCGAUGGGGUCUGGAGCGAGUCAGAGACAAGAUUCAGUUUCAGAAAGCCCCCUCUCAUCGCAGCCCAACACUGAGUCGGAUUCAGGCAGUACCUCUUUCCGCGCGCCGGCCAUCAUCGUCACAGCUCCAUCGCGAGAAGACAUGUUUGCUGCGCCGUCCACCAUCACCAUAGCUGAUGCCAUGAAAGAGCGGAGGCCUGGGUCCACACCAUUUGUAGUGGGGAGUAAAACUGCAACCAGAGAGUAAUCCAUCAUGUACAAGCACAUGAUACGCAUCACUCAUGGAAAGGACUUAGGCGGCCUCAAACUCCGGGAAAGCUCUUUGUUGUCCUCCCAGCGGCGUCAAAACAAACCACAACGGCGCCAUGCUUGUUGAGAGUGACAUCUCCCUUCUCCUCUGAGCUGCUAAACCUUUAAAAAAAUAAAAAACUCCGAGGAUGGACGCUGCCGGAGAGGAAGAACCGGACUCUAUAAAGCUGAGAUCCGUUAAAGACCGGAAAACCUUCACGGUUCCUCAGAAUGACCGGUUUGGAAGCUGCAGAAGUGUGAGGGAGUUUGAGAAAUUCAACCGAAUAGGAGAAGGGACAUACGGGAUUGUGUAUCGAGCCCGUGACACCAAGUCCGACGAGAUUGUAGCUCUGAAGAAGGUUCGCAUGGACAACGAGAAGGACGGGAUUCCCAUCAGCAGCCUGAGAGAGAUCACACUGCUGCUGAGGCUGAGACACCCGAACAUCGUGGAGCUGAAAGAGGUGGUCGUGGGCAGCCAUCUGGAGAGUCUGUUUCUGGUGAUGAGUUACUGUGAACAGGACCUGGCCAGCCUGCUGGAAAACAUGCAGACGCCCUUCUCUGAAGCUCAGGUGAAGUGCAUCGUCCUUCAGCUGCUCAGAGGGUUGGAGUAUCUCCAUCACAGCUUCAUUAUUCACAGGGACCUGAAGGUGUCUAAUCUGCUGAUGACUGACAAAGGCUGCGUUAAGAUCGCUGAUUUUGGAUUGGCCAGGAUGUACGGCAUCCCCCAGCCGCCCAUGACCCCCAGAGUCGUCACUCUGUGGUACCGAGCUCCAGAGCUCCUCCUGGGGACCAAGACCCAAACUACAGCUCUGGACAUGUGGGCAGUGGGCUGCAUCCUGGCUGAGCUGCUGGCCCACAAACCUCUGCUUCCUGGGACCUCUGAGAUCCAGCAGGUCGACCUGAUCGUGCAGCUGCUGGGGACCCCCAACGAGAACAUCUGGCCGGGUUUCUCUCAGCUGCCCCUCAUCGGUCAGUACAGUCUGAGGAAGCAGCCGUACAACAACCUGAAGAACAAGUUCACCUGGCUGUCUGAUGCUGGACACAGACUGCUCAACCUGCUCUUCAUGUACAACCCGCAGCGCAGAGCGACGGCCAAAGAUUGUCUGGAGAGCUCCUACUUCAAAGAGAAACCCCUGCCCUGCGAGCCGGAGCUGAUGCCGACGUUCCCGCACCAUCGAAACAAGCGAGCGGCUCCUCCGGCAGAGGGCCACUCCAAGAGGAGGAAGAGCAAAGUGUGAGGAGGACGAAGAGCGCCCCCUGGUGGGGAGCUGCUGAUAGUCCUGAGAAGGGGCCACACUGUGAGACUGAGUGGACGAUAGUUUCUCAUCCUGUAGUCUUGAUUUCUAGCUGCUCCUCAAACAGCAGAGAGGUACUUUUAUCUUAAAUUACCCGUUUUUUGAAAGAUGGCGUCUCCACGGGCCUCAAAGAGAUUUCCCUCAGUGUUCAAAUCAAAUUAAAUCAGAGCCUGUUGGUUUGUUUCGAUAGCAAACACAAGAAAAUCUGAUUAAAUCUGCCUAAACUAGCCUGUCUUUUCUGAUUGUGACUGAAUGUUGUUGUUUUAUUUGACUGUAUAAAGGCCUUUGUUGUUGCUCUUUGGUGAAAACUGUCUCUGUGUUGUACGGCAGUGCUUUGAUAGGCUCAGUUUAAACUUAUGAUAUAAAGGUUUACAGGUUUGAGCGUCUAAGCUGAAUAAUAAUUCUAACCCAGAGGAAAACACCUGGAUGUGUCCUUUGUGUUGCUUCAGUGUUAAACGUCUCUGCUUCCUGUUUCAGAUGAUCUGGAUCAGAAAUGUAAAUAUUUUAUGGAGGGGGGGAAAGCCUUUAUAAUCUAAAUUAAAGACAUUUACAAAACACAAA